AUGCUUACAAGGAAACUGGGAACUAUUAGUUAUACCCAAAGAGUCUCUAUUCAAUUGGCACGUAGAAUACCAGUGUCUUCAUAUUCAUCCAGUUCUCAUGGAGUUAGCAAAUUGAGCCGAAAAAGUGAGGAUAAUGAUGAACAAAAUAAUAACAACAAACCCCGAGUACUGGAGAGUUCAAAUGUUCCAUCUUCCAGAAUAUCACGUUUAUUCCAUUAUGGAUCUCUGGCAGCAGGCGUUGGGUUAAAUGUGGCUGCUCAAACUAUAGCUGAGGUAUCAAAGGGUCAUUCUCCCUCAUUUAAGUCUAUGAUUUUAUCUGAUGCUAACAUUGAUCGAAUUACAAGGAAAUUCUCUCAAAUGAGAGGUGCUGCAUUAAAGAUUGGACAAAUGAUGUCGUUUCAAGAUGACAAGUUAUUACCAAGAGAGUUAUAUGAAAUUUUAUCUCGUGUACAAAAUAGUGCUAAUUAUAUGCCUCAGAGACAAUUGGAUAAAGUGAUGAAAAGAGAAUUAGGGCAGGAUUGGCAAUCGAAAUUUGAAUACUUUAAUAAUAUACCCAUGGCAGCUGCCAGUAUUGGCCAAGUGCAUUCCGCUAAACUAAUAACUGGAGAAGAUGUUGUCGUAAAAGUUCAAUAUCCUGGAGUAAAAGAUUCCAUUGAUUCUGAUUUGAAUAACUUACUGAUGUUGCUCACAGCUUCACGACUAUUACCAAAGGGUUUGUUCUUAGACAAGACAGUUGCCAAUGCUAGAGUAGAAUUAAAAUGGGAAUGUGAUUACCUUAGAGAAGCUAAAGCGCUACAAAAGUUUGAAGCAUUAGUAAAAGAUGAUCCUGUCUUUGUUGUUCCUCAUGUUUAUGAAAAUUUAACGACAACAAAUGUACUCACUAUGACACGGAUGAAGGGAACACCAAUUAUGCAACUGAACUCGGCCGGCACCUCACAAGAAAGAAGAGAUUUCAUUUCUGAAAACAUCAUGAGGUUAUGUCUUGAAGAAAUUGCGACUUUUAAAUACAUGCAGACAGACCCUAACUGGGCAAAUUUUCUUUAUAAUGAAAAAACAAACAAGAUAGAGCUGUUAGAUUUUGGUGCCUCCAGAGCAUUCUCGGAUGAUUUUAUUUGUAAAUAUAGAAAACUUCUCACCUAUGCAGUGGAGAAAGAUCGUGAUGGCGCAGCUCGGAUGUCGGUAGAGUUAGGGUAUUUAAAUGGGUUAGAAUCACAAGCAAUGAUUGAUGCACAUGUAGAUAGUGUAAUGACAUUGGGUGAGCCAUUUUCGGGUACCAUUGAUAAACCUUUUGAUUUCAAAGAUCAAACCGUUUCGGAUAGAAUUAGAGGAAACAUAGGGCUAAUGCUAAACGAGAGAUUAUGUCCCCCACCAGAAGAGACGUAUUCCCUUCAUAGGAAAUUCAGUGGAAUAUUUCUUUUAUGUGCCAGAAUGGGCGCUUCAGUUCAUUGUGCAAAACUAUUUAGGGACAUAUUUUAUCUCAAGGAAUGA